UUUCAGUGUCGUUUCGGAUGCGCUGUGAAGCGGUGGUGUUUUUCGCGGACUCCCGGCAAGUGGCGGCCAGUUUGGGGCGGACAGUCAAUCCGGCUGGUUCCAGGCGGGUUUCGAGCAGGGAUUAGUGACGACCUCGUGGCACUUAAGUGGCUUACAAAGCAGAGCAGAGAGCAAGAGUUCCAAGUGGUUUCCGGAAGUGAGGUUAAGUGGCUUCGAUCAAUCAGCUUCGCACAAACAAGUGAUUUAAUCGGCUCACACGGUCCGCUGCAGGUAAAUCGGCUACCGGUUCCAAGGGUCAAUUGACCGGAUGAUUAAUUCGUGAGCUCAAAUAACCGUGGCGGUGUGUCCUAGGUGAAGUGUGUUUCUGAGUGUGUCCCGUUCCGGAUUGCAUAACCACCCCCAACCUCGAGGGUUCCACCUCGGUGUGUCAAAUCCGCGUGGCGUGCUGCCAAGAAAACCGUCGUAGCGUCGUUCCGUAAUUGAUGAUUGUCCGCUGCCCCGGGAUGGGGUCCCGGACCCUGGUACUCCUACUGCUGCUGCUACCGGCUGUGGUGCUCGCUGUGGCCGCACCCUCCUCCUCCUCCGGCACCGGCACCGGACAGAUCGCCAACGCAGCUGUAGUGGACGAUCCGGAAUUCACGGACAUAAUCGAGAACAUAACGGUUCCAGCAGGACGCAACGUCAAGCUGGCAUGUUCGGUGAAAAACCUCGGCUCCUAUAAGGUCGCCUGGAUGCACUUCGAACAGUCCGCGAUCCUGACCGUGCACAACCACGUGAUCACGCGCAAUCCACGGAUCAGCGUGACGCACGACAAGCACGAUAAGCACAAGACCUGGUUCCUGCACAUCUCGAACGUCCAGGAAGAGGACAAGGGCCGGUACAUGUGCCAGAUCAACACCGUCACGGCCAAGACCCAGUUCGGCUAUCUGCACGUGGUUGUCCCGCCGAACAUCGACGACUCGGUGUCUUCGAGCGAUCUGAUUGUGCGCGAGGGUGCCAACGUGACGUUGCGCUGCAAGGCCACCGGCAGUCCGCCGCCGUCGAUCAAGUGGAAGCGGGACGACGGCACCAAGAUCACCAUCACCCGGAACAACAGUGUGACGGACUGGGAGGGUGACGUCCUAAACAUGUCCCGGGUGUCCCGGUUCGACAUGGGCGCCUACCUGUGCAUCGCGUUCAACGGAGUUCCGCCGAGCGUGUCCAAGCGGAUUAAAGUCAGUGUCGAUUUUCCGCCGAUGCUGUGGAUCCCGCACCAGCUAGUUGGCAUCCCGGUGGGCUACAACGCCAGCCUGGAGUGCAACAUCGAAGCACAUCCUACCUCACUCAACUACUGGACGCGGGAAAAUGACCAGAUGAUCCACGAUUCGCUCAAGUACAAAACCGAGACCAUUCCGGGGACGCCCUCGUACAAGGCCGUCAUGCGGUUGCACAUCACCGAGGUGCAGCACAGCGAUUACGGCGUCUACCGGUGCAUCGCGAAGAACCCCCGCGGCGAAACCGACGGGACGAUCCGGCUGUACUCAUCCAGUCCACCAACGACGAUACCUCCCUCGACGACUGAAACCAUCACGACCACGGUUUCGUCCACGAAGAGCUUCGAGCUGCCGGCAGGGCCCUCGACGCUGGCACCGGUCAGCUACUUCGAUAAAGGUACCAAAUACCAAUCCAGCCUGAACGAGGUGGACCGAUCGGAGCACAAAUCCGGUGACGGUUCGUCCAAAUCGGGCCGGGAUCGGCCAGCUUCCAAGCACCAGAACAGCAAUGGAUCCUCCCACGUGGUCAGCGCCAGUUGGACACUGGUGGCGCUGGCCGUGGCCCUCCAGACGCUGGUGUCCAGGCUAGCACCAUCCAGCAGCAGCCAGCAGUGACGAUGACUGCCAGGACUGCCGGACGUUUCCGUAGUAGUUGUAGUAGCAGCAGUUUGUUGGCACUUUUGUUAAUCCCGAACGGUCGCGGGAGAGCGAUCCCGAGAACUUUUUCGAUGUUAUCGUUCCGUUGGUUAUUCCAACCGGUUGAUCUGUCCCGGAGGGGAUGCGAGGACACAGUCCUCCAGACGGCGAGGGAGAGGGUCGCCGGUUCCAGAUUUUUGCUUGCAAUGAUUUCAGGACGCGUUCGCACAGCACGCUCACCACAAAUGGGAUGAGGAAAAAUAAACAAUGGUUUGAACCGAAUUGUGUAAAGGUAGCUAUGUUACAAUUUGUACAUUUAAUCAAAAUAUUUAGAACAAGACAAGGGUAGGUAAAUUUUUACGACAAGGUAAGAAACACUCAAACACACAAAAAUCAAACGAGCAAACAAAAUAUUAAACGAUAAACUUAAAAAAACUUAGACUAGAAAGAGCAAACCUAGGUUGCGGCGAGUUAAACCGAAAAAUAAAACUGUGGGGAGGGAUAGUGAGAGCGAUUGUUGUAAAGUUAAGUUAUUAUCAGGUAAUGGAACUCAACCCCGAUGACAGGCGCGAUAUGAUAAUUGAUAGUGUUAAUGCCUUACAUAAAAAAAAAAAACAAGUUAAGCUAAAAACGAAUUGAGCGCCCAAACAAGCAGAGCUCGGAACAGCUGUAAUUUAAGUCAAACAAAUAAAAGUACAGUUUAUGGAAAUCAAAACUAUUGACCGCAAGGAAACUGGUGUUGUGACGAUAGAGCAAGUGAAUUUAUCAAACAAAUGCUUUUUUGUUGUUUUGAGUUGAAUUUAUGCCGACGCAAAAGAUGGUGAGUAUUUAUGAUAUUUGUAAUCAUGAGAGAAUUUAAGUAUUCAUGACUUUUUUUGUGAAAUUUAUCAACAACAUAGUAUAUUUUUUAAUUCAGUCCGGUCUAUUAUAUCUUGAAUCUUGCUAAAAUUUUACUUUAAAUAUUUUUUAAAUUAAUUUAAACAUUAGGGUGCCCAGAACAAGGAACUUUUCUCAGAACCUCGCUCCACAUGCUGAAUAUUGUUCCUUAGCUAUUUACGGACUCUGGGCCAAAAAAGUAUCCACGUGGUUUAGGAAUGGUCCCUAAGUAGUCAUUUUUAUAUAGUUGGAAUGAUUUAUUUUUAUUUUAAAGGGACAACUUGCAUAGUUUUCCAGGUUUUCUCUGUUUAACGUUGAAUAUCAAUGACUUUUCUUUUCAAAUUCCUUUCAAAACAUAUUUAUCCAUUACAUGACCCGAAUUAUUUCUAAGACUUGUGAAAACCUGUAAACUUUUGAGUUGACAAAUUUAGAUUUUUUUAAAGGUCAUAAAAGCUAUUUUGUUUUUUUUUUUCAAAAAAACUCUAGAAAUGUUUUCUUGAAAACGCUGAAAACGAUAUUAUUCGUAAAAUCAAACUUGGCAUUUCGUAAACUUUCAAACGUUUAAAAAAGGUUUGUUUAGUGAAUAUGAAUAUUUGCAAAAGUCAUAAGCACUCUGAUAGCAAAGUGAAAUUUGUGAGCUGCAAAACGAUACAUUUUUAUAUUUUUAAUUCCCAAAUUUCAAAUUUAGCUUACUAAUUCCUUGGCAAGACAGGUCAAAAAUUACUUUUUUGAUGAAAUGCACCAAUUUAAAGUUUUUGGCAUUUCUAGUUUUUUAAAAUGGUAAUUGUUUUGUAUUUUAAUACUUUAUUAACAGUCUGGACCCGGAGCCUAAUUUUUCUGUUACAUUCUUAUUGGAAUUCCAUAUAAACUGUAACGGGAACUGCAGGCACCGGGUCCUGACUAUUAAUGAAAAGCACCCAAAAGACAUGUUUAAUCAGCAAAGCAGUUCUCUACGAAAUCGGUCUUUUUACUUUAAUUUUAAUUUUUGUAUUUUUUAAUCCGUCUGAAACUUUUUUGGUGCCUUCAGUAUGCCCAAAGAAGCCAUUUUGCAUCAUUAGU